UUAAUUGGAUGUCCAGAAAUAAUGGAACAUGGAUAUAUUUUGGAAGAUUGGGAUGUUGAAAACAGAUUUCAAAAAUUUUGGGAAUGGUACGGUUCAAUAUUAGAAUUUGGGGUGGAAGUAAUCCAUGCGACACCAGAAACGAUAGUAAUAUUCAGGAAAUUAUUAUACAUAGAAGAAGCCAUAACUAAAAAUAUAAGAGAAGUAAUUGAUUUAACGAAUACAAUUGUUUAUAGAAACUCAUUAGGAGAGGAAGAAUCAAAACAACAAGAAUGGGAAAGAUUGAUACAGAAAGUGUUACAAAGAUUUAUUGACACCAAACAAUUUACAAGGGAACCUGAAGACCCAGAAAGUGAUAGUCCUGAAAGUUAUGAAUUAGAGGACAGUGAUGGUAGUAUACAUUAUGAAAUAAAAAUAGAGGAUGAUGUCGAAUGGACAGUGGAAUCAUUAAAAAGAAAAAUUGAAGAAAUGGGUGGAAGGUUCACCGACAAGGAUAUACAAAGAAUGUGGGACCUAAGGAUAAGGGUAGAAUUGAUAUUAACAGAGGACUUUUUAGGUACAUUUUUCGAAUUAAUGGGACUAAGUGAUGAAAAAUUAAAAGAUGAAAUAAAUGAAUGGUUAACAAAAGAAACAUUAAUAUGUGGAAAUUGUAAAAAUAGAAAGUUACCUGAUAUGAUAGCAGACAUUGGACAAUGUAAAAAUUGUGAACAAAAAGAAUUAUUAAAAUUAAAGGAUGACUUAGAAAAAUUAGGAUACGAAUUAAAUGUGUCAGAAAUAGAGAGAAUAAGAAAAUUCAGGAUAAGCAAUAGCAUGAUAUUAACAACAGAAUUUAUAGAAAAAUAUUGCCAGGAAAUGGAUACGAAUGACAAAGAACUAAAGAUAAAAUUAUAUGAAUGGAUAAAUGAAAAUACCACAUCUUGUAAUGAAUGUGGAAUAAGAUGGAUGAACAAUAAAUUUGACGAAGGAAAAACCAAGUGUAGGGAUUGUGAGAAUGACGAAAAUGAAAUUGAUAUCAGGGUCAAAAGAUUAAAACAAAUAUGUGAUGAUAAUAAAAUAGAAAUAACUAAUGGAGAGUUAUUGAGGUUAAUCAGUAUGGGAUAUACUGAUGGAGAAAUAUUGGAUCAAGAAUUUAUUGAAAUAUUCCAAGGAAAUAAAAAUGAAUUGGAGAAAAAUUUAAGGCGGAUAUUAAAUAAAUUUCUAAAACAGCAAGCUGGAAUUGAGGAUAGUGAAAGUAGUGGAAAUGAAUCUGAUAAUGAAAAAUCUGAUGGAUCUGAAAAAGAAUCAGAUGGAUCUGGAAAAGAUGGAGAAAUUUUAAAUCCAAAUGAUACCGAUAGCAAUGAAAAUUUUGAAGAACCUUAUGAAGAAAACAUUAUAAAUAGACCUGGUUUUGACUCAAGUGAAAGUUCAGAAUCAAAU